AUUGAUUGUGGAAGCAUUGGGUCGGCUAGAGAAUUUUUUGAUGCGAUGCCGAAGAGAAACAGUGUCUCUUUGAUAACUAUGAUUGCUGGGUAUUCGAAAAGUGGUGAUGUUGAUAUUGCUCGUGAGCUCUUUGACCGGAUGGAUGAUAAAGAUUUGUGGUCGUAUAAUGCUAUGAUAGCUUGCUAUGCACAAAAUAGCAAACCAAAUGAAGCACUUGACCUCCUUAAUGGCAUGCUUAAACAAGAAAUAUCUUUACAUCCGGACGAGAUGACUUUGGGUAGUGUUAUAUCAGCUUGUUCACAACUAGGGAAUCUAGAUCAGUGGCACUGGAUUGAGACACACAUGAAUGACUAUGGAAUUGUAUUGGAUGAUCAUUUGGCCACUGCGUUAAUCGACUUGUAUGUAAAGUGUCGGAGCAUUGACAAGGCAUGUGAGCUAUUCCAUGGCCUGAGAAAGAGAGAUGUGGUUGCAUAUUCUGCAAUGAUCUAUGGAUGUGGCAUAAAUGGAAAGGUGUCCGAUGCGGUCGAGUUAUUUGAACAGAUGGUUGGAGAGUCUAUUGACCCUAAUUUGGCCACAUACACAGGAAUUCUGACUGCCUAUAAUCAUGCUGGAUUGGUUGAGGAAGGUUACCGGUGCUUUAAAUCCAUGAAGGACAAUGGCCUUGUUCCUUCGGUUGAUCAUUAUGGAAUCAUGGUUGAUCUUUUGGGGAGGGCUGGAUGGCUGGAUGAAGCGUAUAGGCUUAUAAUGAAUAUGCCAAUGCAACCAAAUGCUGGUGUCUGGGGAGCUCUACUUCUUGCCUGCAGAUUGCAUGGCAAUGUGAAGCUUGGGGAAAUAGCUGCUCAGCAUUGCAUUAAGCUGGAGAGUGAAACAGCUGGUUACUAUUCUCUUCUUUCCGGUAUAUAUGCUACUGUUGGAAAAUGGAAUGAUGCCAAAAAGUUGACGACAGGUGUGGAAGGAAAGAAAAUUAUCAAGAUACCUGGAUGUAGUUGGACACAACUUGAGUGAUGCAUGUCACUCAAGGAAUUUAACUCCGUGAUUGGGAAAAUAAAGCUCAUAUAGUAUCCCUAUAACUAUGGCUAUGAUUCGUACUGUAGAGCAAACAAAGGGAUUGUGACAAAAUGUUCAAUAAGUCUAAGGAAGUUUGCUCAAAACAUUGUAGCAACAACACAAUCAGUACCUGUAGUUGGAAUGCCCUAUUUCUUUCUCCUGCAAUAACUCCUCGUGUUGAAUGCAACUCCUACAACAAAUUUUCAUCAGCCAAUAAUAACCAUACAUAUAAGUAUCAGGGUGCUUCGAGCUCAAUUAAAUGAUGUGUCAUGUACCUUCUGCGUGUCAUCUAAAACAGCCUUGAGGAAGGCCACGUCAUGUUCGAGACGAACAUUGUCAGAGUGGACAAUGUUUGACAAGUUGUUGGCCUCUUCUUGGGCCAAUUCUAGACUCGCUAGCUUCUCUCUUAGUA